AAUCUAUUUCCUCUCUACACUGAAAUUGUUUCCUCCAUAUUUUGGUGUUUCCUCCAUAUUUGAACUUGAAUUCGCCUGUGUCUGUUCGAUUUUGUUUCCUUCCCUUAUCAAUUUAGGCUGUAUUAUAUAAGUGGAUAAGUGGGUGCUCAAUGUCUGAAUCUAGUUGUCCUUCGAAAAGGAGGUGCUUUUGUGGUGAUAUUGUCAACCACUUCACUUCAACCACUGUUUAUAACCCUAGUAGGAGAUUCUAUAAGUGCGCGAAACUUGAAAAUGAAUCAUGUGAUUUUUGGGAGUGGCAAGACGAAGUCUUACCAGACAGAGCUUUGGUUGUAAUUAACAAUUUCAAGUCGAAGUUUGAUGUUGCUCAAGUUCAAUGUAAAACCCUGAAUAUGGCAUUGGAUGCGUGCAAGACUGAAAGGGACAGACUGAUGGAAAAAGUGGAUGCAUUAGAGGCUAUAAAUAUUGUUGAAGCGAACAAGUCAAGAGAGUUGGAAAAAGAAUGUUGAAGUUGAAGAUGUUCAUUAUAAUUUCAUGUGCGCUAUUUGUUGGAUUUAUUGCAGCUUUCAUGAUGAAGUGAAGCUCUGAAUAUGUAGUAUUGUGUUGGUGGACAUUAUGUAGUAUUUUGGAAUGUUUUUGAUUUCAUUACUUUAUUUUGUAUUUCGGAUGAAGUUAAUUGCAAUGAAGUUUUUGAUUUUAUGUCCUUGCAUUCAGUUCUUCUUAAAUAGUGUGUAUUAAAAAGGUAUUGAUUGCAAUAAGAGCUUU